GCGCCGCUGGGGCCGUGCCAUGGUGGGGCAUGGCAUGGGAGCAGGGCACCGAGCCGGGCUGGGGGACAGAGCCUGGCAUGGGCCAUGCCAGAGUUUCCUUUGGAGCAGGUGCAUCCUCUCCUGGCCGGAGGAGUCCAGAGCCCCGUUCUGUGCCGUGCAGUGCCGGGAGAGGCUGCGGUGCACGGCACGUGUGUACAUCUGGCAUGUGCUUCCCUUGCCAGGGGAACCCAGUGGGCACCCUGUGCCAUGCCAUGGCAUGCUGGUGUGCUCAUGGGAGCGGGCCUGUGGGCAGCGAUGUGCAUUCCAGAGCUAUCCCGAAUCCCUCCUGGAGCCAUCCCACCCACUCCUGCCCACCUGAGCAGGGUCCCUGGCCAGUCUCUCCUCUUCCCUGGCUGCCUGGGGCCAGGGGCCCAGAGCAGUUCGAGGGUCCCCAAGGACAACCACGAGGCUCCCCACGGCCCGUCCCUCUCGGCAGCAGCAGCACCAGCAUUCGCCUCCCCCUUCCCCAAAACCUCCUCUCCCAUCGGCGCUGCUGAGCGGCAGCCAAGGAGAAUGUGCCGGUGCUGAAAUUAGCCGGGCAGCCGGCGAGGAUGCGAGGUGUGAACGCUGGCACAUGUUGUGCCCAACUGCUCCUCUGUGGCACUGAGCCACUGCCGCCUCCUGUCCCACGCCUUCAUGCCCAGAGCACAGCUCCCACCUGCUCCAGCCCGGAGCCUCCCAGGCACUGGCUGCCCAUGGUGAGGGGCUGGGGGGCGGCUCAGGGCCAUUGGGCUGUGGGUGUGGGACAAUCCAGUCCUUCCUCACGGUGUGCACGGAGUUGUAGGAAUCGUUUUGGUGUAAAUCCUGGGGUUUUGGAGCCUUGGUUCCCAUGAGUCACUGCCCAGGCUGGGGGGAUAGGGAGACCAGGGAUUGAGACGGGCCUUGGGUGUGGGUGCUGCUGGCUGAGGGAUGCACAGAAUUCCCAGGGCUCCCACCCCAUAGCCCAGCCUGGGGCUGGAGCUGACCGGCAGCAUCCAGAUUGUGCUGGGUCACAGGUGUCACGAGUUUGUUGUUCUCAGCCACAGAGGGAGCACCCAGGGUGGCAGUGUGGUAGCCCAGAAUCCUGAAUGGUGGCCACAGGGACCACCCCUCCUUGCACAGGGGGAUGGAGAAGGAGGAACAUCCUUGGCUUGUGCCUGUCCUGCCCUGCUCCAAGGUGGGGCUACGCUGGGGGAGCCCCUGUGUCUGAACAACCCCCUGGUUGUCACCAGUCUGUCCCUGAGCCUGUCUGCAUCCCGUGGCGACACGGCUGUCAUUGCAUGUCACCCCUUGGGUGACCAAGAGGUGCGCUCAGGGGGUGCUCCCCGGUCUCGCCACCUGCACCAGGGGCAGUAAGUGCGCCCCACGCACGGGUGCUGUGGCAGCAUCUGUGUCCCCCGUCCCUGUCCCCACCCAUGUGUGUCCUCCCAUGCCUGUCCCACCCCCGUAUCUGUCCCCCCGUGCCUGUCCCCGCAGCCUCUAGAUGGUGCCAGGAGAACAGUCUGCGAGCGGAGGCGGCCGGCGCCGUGCGGUGCCGGAUGGUGCUGGGUACCGGGGUGCCGAGGUGUCGGGGUGCCAGGACAGACCCCUUGGCUCUCCCCGUGCCCCCCGGUUCAGUCCCUCCCUCUCCCCGAAGAAACACGUCCUGCCUCUUUUCCCGGGAAACCCAUCCCAAAGAACCCCCUUCUGUUGCCCUCCCGCUGCGCAGCCAUCACUGGGCUCCAGAGUCAACACCAUUCCCAAGCUCCCGGCCAGUGCGGCCGGCGCUGCAGGUCCUGACCCAGCCUGUGCUGGGGGACCAGCCCGCAGGAUGCUGUGCCCCCCGCCCGCCUGCUGGGGUCCAUCUCAUGUCCCCCGGGAGCACGGCCGGGCCCUGGCGCUCUGAGGAGAGGGACAUCACCCCAAGGGCCGCGGGCGGGGGCUUGGCGUGUGCCCACCACGCAGCUGCGCUGCCCCCCAGCUCCUGGGUCGUGUCCCUUCCGUGACCUUGAGAGCAGCCGCUGGGAAUCUCAUCCCGGCUGCCACCACGCGGGAUGGCAACACACGCGUGGGGGGAACACCGAGGUGGGGGGCACUGAGCCCCCCGUCCAGAGUCCGGGAACAAGCUCCCAUCACUCCCCUUUACCCUGGAAUUCCCCGUGGAUGGGCGCUGUCCCCAGGGACGGAGUGGGCACCCAGAGCCCCCGACAUGGGUGCUGCACCCCGGGCUGGCGGGGUGGGGGGUGUUCGGCCCCCAGCCGGGACACGCCGGAGCCCCCCGGGACCAGCGAGUCCCCUUGGCCGAGCUGCGGCUCCCGGCGUGCUCCGCUGCCGCGGCCGCCUCCCUGCUUCCCUCCCUCUCCUGCUUCCCAGCAUCCCCGCAGCAAACCCGGCAGGUUUUAGCUCGUGUCACCGGUGCGUGACAGGCUGCGGGUGGCAGGCUGUGGGGGGCUCAGCCCCUCGGCUUCUGCUCUGACCAAGCGACGCCGAAGGGACAGCCGACUUUCUCGCUGAAUUCCGAGGGGGUUUGGCUCGCUGAAAAAAAUUUGGGCUUUCCAGGUCAUUUCCCACCACCCACCCUGUCCAAGCACAUCCCAUGGCACAAUUCCCUUUCUGAGCAGAAAUCCCAGGGACACUCGUUGUCCCUCGGGGAGCUGGGGGGAUCUUCGCGCGGUUUGGGAUUGUACGAGGUGAUAAACACAUUUGAUCUGGUUCCUUUCAUCUCGUUAAUCUUAAUUAGUUAUUAAUAUUCUGGGAGUGCUUUGAAGGCCACAAGCUCGAUGCAAACGCUCCCUGGUACUACUGGUGUUACUAUUACUCAGUGUGUGUGUGACCCACAUGCUGGCACGGGCACGGGCUGCAGCCUGGAAGCCACAAAGGGAGCUGACAAGCCCCAGGGAGCUCCACGGAGUCCCACGGAGCCACAGGGUGCCCUCUGGAGUCCUGCUGAGCCCCACGGAGGCCCCUUAAGCCCUAUGGAACCCCAGAGAUCCCUGCAGAACUCCACAGAGUGGUGGUGAUAAGCCAAUGGAGCCCCAUGGAAUGUUCCACAGAGCCCUGCUGAGCCCCACCAAGCCCCAUGGAGGCCUCCCAAGCCCCACAGAGCCCCACGGAGUCCCACAGAGGGAGCCCUGCCAGGCCCAGUUGGUCCCUCACUGGCAGCUCGGGCUCUGUGUACCUGAGCACAGCACAGCCCCAUCCUCAGCACUGGGGUGGUGACACUGUGAGGUGAUCCAUGUGUAGGACCUGUGACACCAUCCCCGCAGCCCGCCGUGGUCCCUGGGCUGGCUCCCUGGGCACUGGCACCUCCCACCUGACCUAGAAACAGCCCUGAGCUAUAAAUAGGGCGGGAGCCAAAGGAGAGCUCAGAGGAGCAGCCUGGAAUGCUGCAAGCGGGAGGCUGCGGGAGCUGGAAUGGCAUGGCAAGGACAGGCAGGGGACACAGGGUGACAUGGGACUCGGGAAGGGGCGAGGCUGGCCCCACUCCACCCCUAGCAGCCCAUGGAGUGGAGUGUGCAAGGAAGCGCAACCAUGAGCGCGGGUUCGAUUGAGCAGGAGCCGUCGCGCAAGCUGGCCUGCUGCGGGGUGCCCCUCAUCACCGAGGACAUGCAGUCCCUGGCCAUCCGCACCCUCUCAGGCACCGACAUCAGCAAGCACUACGACCUCAUCCGCGAGCUCGGCAAGGGCACCUACGGCAAGGUGGACCUGGUGUCCCACAAAAGCACAGGCACCAAGAUGGCCCUGAAGUUCGUCAACAAGAGCAAGACGAAGCUGAAGAACUUCCUGCGGGAGUUCAGCAUCACCAACACGCUCUCUUCCAGCCCCUUCAUCAUCAAGGUCUUUGACGUGGUCUUCGAGACCGAGGACUGCUACGUCUUCGCUCAGGAGUACGCCCCCGGCGGGGACCUCUUCGACAUCAUCCCGCCACAGGUGGGGCUCCCCGAGGAGCUGGUGAAGCGCUGCGUGCAGCAGCUGGGCCUGGCCCUCGACUACAUGCACAGCAAGAGCCUGGUGCACCGGGACAUCAAGCCGGAGAACGUCCUGCUCUUCGACCGCGACUGCCGCCGCGUCAAACUGGCCGACUUCGGCAUGACCCGCAAGGUGGGCUGCCGGGUCAAGCGCAUCAGUGGCACCAUCCCCUACACGGCGCCCGAGGUGUGCCAGGCCGGCCGGGCCGAGGGCUUUGCUGUGGACACCAGCAUCGACGUCUGGGCUUUUGGGGUGCUCAUCUUCUGCGUCCUCACCGGGAACUUCCCCUGGGAGGCGGCGGUGGCAUCCGACGCCUUCUUCGAGGAGUUUGUGCGGUGGCAGAAGGGGCGGCUGGGGGGGCUGCCCUCGCAGUGGCGGCGCUUCACGGACAGCGCCCUGCGCAUGUUCCAGCGCCUGCUGGCCCUCGACCCCGAGAAGCGCUGCCCCGUCAAGGAGGUUUUCUACUUCAUCAAGUGCGACCUGAUGGCCGAGGUGCGGUGCCGACCCUCCUACCGCUCCCGCAAGCACACCAGGGACAAGCUCCCGGCCGGCGCCCACUGCCACGAGGCCGCCGGCUCCUGCACCCCUGCCCCGCUCAAGAGGACCGUCCUGACGGAAGGGAGCGGAGCGCGUGGCCCCGAGUCCGGCGCGGCCGCCCCGGGGACGGCGAGCAGGACAGAUGGACGGCAGGACAAAGGCAAAGGGCAGAUGGUCCUGGCCACAGCAAUAGAGAUCUGCGUCUGACGGCGCCGCACGACCCGUCCUGUCCCCCCGCCCCGCCAACAGGGGUGGGAGGAGCUGCUCGUGGUGGAGGCACGAGCCGGGACCGGGCUCUGGGUCUCCCAAAGCAAAAAAAAAAAAAAAAAGGAAAAGAAACACAAACAAAGAGGAAAAGGACAGAACUGGUUGCGCUCCGUAGCGCCGAGGAUGCCAAUCCCCCCGCCCCGCCUGGGUGAGGCCGGCAGCGGGAGCCCAGCCCAGGGCACCAGGGAGGACAGGGGUGCCCACGGUCCUGCCAUGGCCACGCUGCCCCUCCAAGGCUUCCCACAGGGUGGCAUGGGGAGAGGUCUCCCAGUACGGGGAGGAAGAGUCGGGAGGGCAGUGGAUGGGAGGUCCGGGGCAGGCAGUGCCCACUGGCCCUCCCCCACCCUGUGCUUGAUCCCCGGGCUGGGAUUGGGAAGGCCAAUGACCCCACACCAUGGAGGAGGCCUUUGGGGAGGUUUGGGUGGGUGAUGAUUUGUCCCCUUCCACCAAUCCCUGCCCCACUGGUGGGGACCGGGAAGGGAUGAGGAGAUGGGCACCGGGCUGGUGAUGGGGAGCUGGGGGGGUUUCAGGCAGCCCAGGACCCCUGGCAACCCCGGCUGCCUCCCUGUGCUGGGAGGUGCUGGCAGCCAUCGAUGUAGCAAGUGUCCCUGUCUGUGUGUCAUUGUGUGUCCCACCACUGCCACUGGCAGCCUCUGUCCCCCCUGCCCUGCCCCACAUGGCCCCAGACCCCACUGGAGGGACAGGUCCCUCCAGCCGGGAGCUGUGCUCCGGGCUGUGGCCCACGGCCACGGCGCCAUCCAGCAGGUUGGAUGCUCAGGGCCAAGCUGGCAGUGCUGUAGUGGCAUCUCUUUGUCCCCUCUGCAGACUCUGUGUCCCCAGGGACUGGAAGAGGUGGCAGCAGUGCAGCCCCAGGCUGGCCUGCACGCCCCAGGAGGAGGGGAGGGGGCUCUGAGCAGCCUCUGGAGGGCCAGCCUGGUUCCCUGUGCUCAUCCCAUCACCCCUCCUUGCUGUCACCCCUUCCCCAAACUCUGUCACCCUCCCCUGGGGCUGGCGGGGAGGAGGCGGUGGGAUGGAUCCCCGGGGCUGGCUGCAGCGAGGCAGGGGGUGGUGGCAGGAGCCACUGGUGGUCCCUUAGUGAAAAGGUCACGGGGGUGUGUGGGGGACACCACUCCCCUCGUGGUUUUGGGCACCCAGUGAAGUUGGGGGGCUCACCUGGAGAGGGUGGGGGGCACCCCACGGCGGCAGCACUCUGGUGUGGUUUGGGCUUCCCUCCCAUCGGGUGGGCGCCGCGGGGACCCUCAGUGCCCCCCGGCGCCGCAAUCCCCGCACAAAGGGCUAUCCCGCUAUUCAGCAGCAGCAGCAGCAGCAGUUUACAGAGCACGGGCGGACCCCCCGCCCCCGCUGCUGCCCCCAGGGCCCCUCCGCCCCCGCCCGCGGUGCCGGGCCCCGGGCGGCCUUAGAAGUAGCAUUGCCCCUAAGUAGAGACGCUCUAGGCACCGGUUUUUUCUCCUUUUUGCCUUAGGUCCCUCGAUGUCCUCAAUCUUUCGUGCAAUAAUGUAGAUAAGGGAUCCCGGCCGCCCCGGGAGGGCUCGGCGGCGCCUCUCGGGGGGGGCUCGGGGGCACCUCCCAGGGGAUUUGUCCUAGGGGGGGUGCCCCGUGUGAUUUCUGUCCCCGUCGAGGUCGCUGUGUCGGUAGGUUGUCGGGUUUUUAUUUCCAGUUCCCUCAGCUGUCGGGUUUCAGUCCUUCUUCCCGUAGGAGAGGCUGUAGUGUCACAGACGUUACCUCAGUUUGUCACUGUUGAAAAGGAUUUAAAAAACAA